UGGCCGCCCGCGACUCCGCCGUCACGUUGAGUUGUUGAACCAGCACUAUAUAUAAUGCACAAACAGUACAACCUCCAAUUCGUACCCAAAGUUCUGAUAUUUUUGUUUUCUGAAAACCCAAUUUCCUCUCUUUCCCAAAACCCAAAAAUUCGUCUUCGACUCUUCGAAUCUAAGAAAUCCAAAAGAUGGCCCGUACGAAGCAGACUGCUCGCAAGUCCACCGGAGGCAAGGCUCCAAGGAAGCAACUUGCCACCAAGGCUGCUCGCAAAUCAGCCCCAACCACCGGAGGCGUGAAGAAGCCUCACAGAUACCGCCCUGGAACUGUUGCCCUCCGUGAAAUCCGCAAGUACCAGAAAAGCACAGAGCUGCUGAUCAGGAAGCUCCCAUUCCAGAGGUUGGUUCGUGAAAUUGCCCAGGACUUCAAAACCGAUUUGCGUUUCCAGAGCCAUGCUGUUUUGGCCCUGCAGGAGGCUGCCGAGGCAUACCUUGUUGGGUUGUUUGAGGACACAAACCUCUGUGCCAUUCAUGCCAAGCGCGUUACGAUCAUGCCCAAGGACAUCCAACUUGCGAGGAGAAUUCGAGGCGAGAGGGCUUAAGAAAGAAUUAGAAGCUACAAUAUGUAAAGGGAGCUUGGUGGGCAAAGCUUUGAUUUGAUUGAAUUGGUCAUGAGUUCAUGAUUAUAGGGCUGGAAUGGUUUUGAUUUUAGGGUUUUUAAAGUUUGUUUGGUUAAUUUGUAAUCUUUAACGAGUACAACACUUGUCUACAUUGGUCACAUUUGUAAUUGUGUUGAACCUCUUCUAAGUUCUAUCUACCUGAUGCAGUUUAUUUUUCAUA